AUGUCUCAUAAGAAGGCGGAAAUCAGAGAGAUAUUUUCAUCUCCUGCAUGUCUGACUGGAAGUUUUAUAAGGGAAAGAAUAGCUGCAGACACCAUGAUUACUCAUUUGGACUUAACUAAAGCGAGAAACACCUUUAAGGAGUUAACCCAGAAAGACUGGAUUACUAAUAUGAUAACCACCAGUCUCAAGGAUAAUCUGCUCAAACACCUUCCAUUUUCUUCUCCCCACCGAGAAGCCUUAGAGAUCUUCUUCCUCCUCCCAGAAUGUCCCGUGAUGCAUGAUUACAACAACUGGGAGAGCCUGGUGGUUCCGUUUGCAGAGGCUGUUUGUGAAAUGAAUGAUAAAUCUUCAGAGGCUCUGGAGGAAUAUUGGGCAUCUCUGCAUGACUCCACUUUCAUGGAACUGGUCCAGAUGUUUAAAAGAGCCAUCACUGCUCAACUGCGUUACUGGGCUGAAGAUGCUGAAAGUAACAGUCACAUUAAAGUUCUCCUAGAAAUGUUGAAAAAGCUGCACAGGGUAAACCAGACUAAAUUUCAACUGCCUGAAAAUAUUUUCCAAGUAAAUGAACUCGCGCACUGCCUUGAUUUUUAUGAAGAUGCACGUAGAAGGAACUCUUGGAAAAAGAACUUAGACACUGCAGUAGACAUCCAGCAUCCUGUCAUAUUCAGUCAUUUUCCAUUUGUCUUUAAUAUUCUGUCAAAAAUUAAACUACUACGUGCAGACUCGCUUUUAAAAAUGGAGGAGAGAAGAUUUAGAGCUGUUUUGCAUUUGGCUGGAAUUGUGGAAGACGGAGGGUCCAGUUUAGGGUUACUGCCCACCUUUAAUCUCAGAGUCAGAAGGAGUCACUUGAUUGAGGACGUUCUGAGCCAGUUAAGUCAAUUUGAGAAUGAAGACCUGAGGAUGGAAUUAAUGGUUUCAUUUAGUGAAGAAACUGGAUAUGAACCUGGAGGCGUUAGGACAGAGUUUUUCUACUGUCUGUUUGAAGGGAUGACUCGGCCAGAAUAUGGGAUGUUCAUGUAUCCUAAAGAGGCUACCUACAUGUGGUUCCCUGUUAAGCCUAAAUUUGAGAAAAAGAGAUAUUUCUUCUUUGGGAUUCUGUGUGGACUUAUUCUGUUCAACGGCAAUGUUGCAAACAUCCCUUUCCCACUGGCUCUGUUUAAGAAACUUUUGGACCAAACACCAUCAUUGGAAGACUUGAAAGAGCUCAGUCCUGUCUUGGGAAGGAGUUUGCAGAUACUUCUGGAUGAUGAAAGUGCUGACUUUGAAGAAGUAUUUUAUGUCCAUUUUAAUGUGAAUUGGGACAGAACUGAUGUAGACUUAAUUCCUAAUGGAAGUUGCAUAAUUGUCAACCAGACUAACAAGACAGACUAUGUUUCUAAGUAUGUCGAUUACAUCUUCAACAUCUCUGUAAAGGCUGUUUAUGAAGAAUUUCAAAGAGGAUUUUACAAAGUGUGUGACAAGGAGAUUAUUGAUUUUUUCCAUCCUGAAGAACUAAAGGAUAUGAUUAUUGGAAAUACAGAUUAUGACUGGGAAACAUUUGAAAAGAAUGCACGUUAUGGACAAGGAUAUGACAAUUCACAUCCCACCAUAGUGAUGUUUUGGAAGGCUUUACACAAGUUGACUUUGGAGGAGAAGAAGAAGUUCCUUGUGUUUCUUACAGGAACUGACAGAAUUCAAGUAAAAGGUUUAAAGAGCAUGAAAAUAACAUUUUGCUGUCCUGAAAAUAUGGGUGAAAAAGAUCCCAUAAGAGCACUUACAUGUUUUAGUCUCCUCUACCUCCCUAAGUAUUCUACAAUGGAAAGAUUGGAAGAAGCGCUUCAAGUAGCCAUCAACAGCAACAGAGGAUUUGGCUGACCCUACCUCAUUCUCUUUACUC